UUGCUCUGCAUGCUAAUCCAUAUCGUCAAUCACAUCACACUAGCCACUAGAAGCACCGGAGAAGAGGGUGUCAAGCAUGGCGUCCAAGGGUCUUCUUGUGUUUGCUCUCCUGCUUGCUGCUGCUAUCCUCGUCGCCUCAACUGAACAAACUCAGGCCAAGAAGGAGGAGAAAGCCGGCGUAGAGGGCUACGACGGCGGCGGUGGCUACCCUGGCGGCGGCGGCGGCGGCUACCCAGGCCACGGUGGAGGAGGAGGAGGCGGCGGCUACCCAGGACACGGUGGAGGAGGUGGCGGCGGCUACCCAGGCCACGGUGGAGGAGGAGGCGGCGGCUACCCGGGCCACGGUGGAGGAGGAGGCGGCGGGAAUUCGAUUGUGUUUGAGGGGAUGACACCGGACGUGCAGGUACUCCUACGGAAAAUAGCCUCCGAGUGCGCGGUGUGGGCGAAGGCCGGGAUCGUUCAUAGUGAUUUCGAGCCAUUGGCGGCCCAGAUAGGUGUGUGGGCAGCUAGGGAGUAG